UGAUAGGCGGGUUGGCAGCGGGCUGCAUCGCUAGUCUCGUUUCCCUCCGCUAUUUCUAAAUUCAAUCUGAAUAGGACAAUAUCCAAGCGGGAGAGCUGUGGGAAAGAGCCUACCCGGGAGUUUGUCCGCCUCCACCGAAGCAGCCCGAGUUCGAAACUCAGGUUGGACUAGGUCUCGGUCUGUCUGUGCGCGGAGCUCUGUGGCCAGAGAGAGAGAGAGAGAGAGAGAGAGGGAGAAUGAGGAAGAACUCUCAGGGCACCUUUUUGUCCUCCGAUAUGCAGAUUUUCUGAUAAAGCAUCAGUUAUCUGAUCAUCUCAUACAGGUCGUGGAAAACUGCGAGUGUAUGGGAAUCUUUAACAAUUUUUUCUUCACCUAGGUAUCUCGCCUUGAUCUCCUAUAUAACCCAAGACGAAUGUGAGCUGUAAUAGGCUACUUACUACUGACGGCUCUUGCAGCUCUCUAUUGGCAUUUUCACGUCUAGGCUAGGCUACAACAACUACUAUUGCUGACUUAUUCUGCCUGUGGAUCUUGCAGUUGCGUCUUAGAAAAGGUUUAGGAAGCAGAGGAAGUGAACCACUCCAGAAUCAUGGGAAACUUUCAGAUCUCCCCCAUUCUCUCCCUUGGCCUUCGGUUCGUGGUUGUCGUAGCGAUCCUGUUCCUCAAAUUCCAACAUGUGACGGCUAUGUCCUCGGAUGUGGACUUGGAUCAGUUUGUGUCUCCUACUGCCAGCAGCAACAUUACUGUGUGCACUACAGCAGGCACAGCAUGCGAAAAAGGGGUGAUUCUGCCUGUCUGGGAACCUCAGAAUCCCUCGUUCGGGGACAAAGUGGCACGGGCGACAGUCUACUUCGUGGCCCUGGUGUACAUGUUCCUCGGAGUAUCCAUCAUUGCUGACCGUUUCAUGGCAUCCAUCGAGGUCAUCACCUCUCAGGAGAAAGAGAUCACUAUUAAGAGACCCAACGGAGAGACCACCACCACCACCGUGCGGAUCUGGAACGAGACCGUGUCCAACCUCACGCUUAUGGCCCUGGGUUCUAGUGCCCCUGAGAUCCUACUGUCCGUCAUUGAGGUUUGUGGACAUGGUUUUCAUGCUGGAGCCUUGGGCCCCAGCACCAUCGUGGGCAGCGCCGCCUUCAACAUGUUUGUCAUCAUCGGCAUCUGUGUGUGGGUGGUGCCCGACGGGGAGGUCCGUAAGGUCAAGCACCUGCGCGUCUUCUUCGUCACAGCCACCUGGAGCAUCUUCGCCUAUAUAUGGCUCUACCUGAUCCUGGCUGUCAUCUCCCCUGGCAUAGUGCAGGUAUGGGAGGGCCUGCUCACCCUCUUCUUCUUUCCAAUCUGCGUGUUGUUCGCCUGGGUCGCUGACCGACGCCUGCUCUUCUACAAGUACGUCUACAAGCGCUACCGUACCGGCAAGCAGCGGGGCAUGAUCAUUGAGACCGAGGGCGACCGCCCGCUCCCGUCCAAAGUCGACAUCGAGAUGGAUGGGAAGAUGCUCAACUCUCACGCGGCGGACUUCCUGGACGGGCCUCUGGGGCUGGACCUAAACGUGAAGGACCUGGAUGAAGAGGAGACCCGGCGCGACAUGGCCAAGAUCCUCAAGGAGCUGAAGCAGAAGCACCCAGAUAAGGAGGUGGAGCAGCUGAUUGAACUGGCCAACUACCAGGUAUUGAGUUCCCAGCAGAAGAGCAGGGCCUUCUACCGCUGCCAGGCCACCAGGCUCAUGACCGGCGCUGGUAACAUCCUGAAGAAGCAUGCAGCCGACCAGGCCCGCAAGGCCAUCAGCUUGCACGAGGUCCGCUCUGAUGUGGCUGAUAACGACCCCGUUUCCAAGAUCUACUUUGACCCCGGCUCCUACCAGUGCCUGGAGAACUGCGGCACAGUGGCAGUGAACGUGCUACGCCGAGGUGGCGACCUGACCAAGACUGUGUCGGUGGAAUUCCGCACGGAGGAUGGAUCAGCCAACGCGGGCUCGGACUACGAAUUUACCGAAGGGGUGGUGGUGUUCAAGCCCGGAGAGACCCAGAAAGAGAUCCGCGUGGGUAUUAUCGAUGAUGACAUCUUUGAGGAGGACGAGAACUUCCUGAUCCAUCUGAGCAAUGUCAAAGUGCUGCUGGCAGAGGGGGAGGAGGUAGAGAACCCAGAGACCAAUCAUGUGGAGGCGGUGGCCUGUCUCGGUCUGCCCGCCACGGCAACCGUGACCAUCUUUGACGACGACCACGCCGGCAUCUUCACGUUCGAGGAGCCGGUGGCGCACGUGAGUGAGAGCGUGGGUACCAUGGAGGUGAAGGUGCUGCGUACAUCCGGGGCACGUGGGGUCGUCAUGGUGCCCUACAAGACUGUGGAGGGCACAGCACGCGGAGGUGGAGAGGAUUUUGAAGAUACUCACGGGGUCUUGGAGUUCCAGAAUGAUGAAAUCUUCAAAUGUAUAAAGGUCAGAAUCAUUGACGACGAGGAGUACGAGAAAAACAAGACAUUCUACGUGGAGAUGGGAGAGCCUCGCCUGAUGGAGACCAAUGACAGUAAAGCUACAGAGGUGGCUGAGAAGGAGGUGGAAGAGGUGGUGCCGCUAACAGGAGUGGAUGAUGAGGAGCAACGCAUCGCUGAUAUGGGUCGACCCACGCUUGGGGAUCACGUCAAACUUGAAAUCAUCAUCGAGGAAUCCUAUGAGUUUAAGAACACUGUGGACAAGCUGAUUAAGAAGACUAACCUGGCCCUGCUGGUGGGGACUAACAGCUGGAGAGACCAGUUCAUCGAGGCCAUCACUGUCAGCGCCGGUGAGGAUGACGAUGAUGAAGAGUGCGGCGAGGAGAAGCUGCCGUCCUGCUUCGACUACGUCAUGCACUUCCUCACCGUCUUCUGGAAGGUUCUGUUUGCGUUCGUGCCCCCGACAGACUACUGGAACGGCUGGGCCUGCUUCGUGGUGUCCAUCUGUAUGAUCGGUCUGCUCACAGCCUUCAUUGGGGACCUGGCCUCCCACUUCGGCUGCACCGUGGGCCUCAAGGACUCUGUCACCGCUGUGGUGUUUGUGGCCCUGGGGACCUCCGUGCCAGACACCUUUGCCAGUAAGGUGGCAGCCAUCCAGGACCAGUAUGCUGAUGCAUCCAUCGGCAACGUGACGGGCAGCAACGCGGUCAACGUGUUCCUGGGCAUCGGCGUGGCCUGGUCCAUCGCCGCCAUCUACCACAACUCCAAGGGCAACGACUUCAAGGUAGACCCGGGGAGCCUGGCCUUCUCCGUCACCCUCUUCACCAUCUUUGCGUUCAUCUGUGUCGGAGUGCUGAUGUACCGGCGGCGGCCUUCGAUCGGCGGCGAGCUGGGAGGUCCGCGGACUCCCAAGAUACUGACCACCAUGCUGUUUGUCAGCCUGUGGCUGCUGUACAUUCUGUUCUCCUCACUGGAGGUCUACUGCCAUUUCAAGGCCUUCUAAACAGCUACAAACUUAAGAAGGCCCUAGAAGAGCUAACCUGAGACAAGGAGGCAACAGCAACAGUGAAAAAAGUUUUUCUCUUGUCGUUAAUAACCCCGACCCACCCCACCACUUCCCCCUUUUAAGAAGUGAAAGAUCCCUCCCCUAGUGCUUAAAGGAUGAGACUGGUUGUGCAGGCGAGGAGCGGCCUGUCAGCGCUGGGACAGAGACACCUCUGAAGUCUGUAGAAUGACAGUUGUGCGCGUGUGUGUGCGCGUGUGUGUGUGUGUGUGCGUGUGUGUGCGUGCUUGUGUGUGUGUGUGUGUGUGUGUGUGUGUGUGUGUGUGUGUGUGUGUGUGUGUGUGUGUGUGUGUGUGUGUGUGUGUGUGUGUGUGUGUGUGUGUGUGUGUGUGUGUGUGUGUGUGUGUGUGUGUGUAGCUGUUUGUUAUGUCUCUCACUACCCAGCAACCCGAUAUAAACAGCAUCGUAGACGCCUGGCGCUCAUUUCAAACUAAACACUAGACAUUUGAGUGAAAUCCUUUAAUAAUUCCCAUACCAUCAUUAUUGAUAUGUAUAUGCAUGAACAUCAAAAGAAACAAAGAUACGGCUGUUCGCAAACAUAGUGGGUGGGGAGUAACAGGUACUUUUGAAGAAAGUCUCUUGUCUGUGUGUUAGUCUUAAUAAAUCUCAGUUAGGGCCUGGCUGCAAGAGCUGCUCACCACCUUCUGACCCUCGAUUUGAUCCCCAGUAGAACAUCUGAUUAGGUUUCCUCUGUUCUUUUAUCUUGCUGUAGAUGUAGUUCUGUUAAAGGAGUUUAGCAUACUUUUACCUUUAAGGCCAUAUCGUGAUUGAAUGGCCAGCGUUACCAUUUUAACUGUCAGAUAACUCGUUGUCAACUUACAUUAUCAUUUUCACCACCACCAUGCUUGAUUCAAAUUGCAAUAGAAUGCAGAGAGACCGUACUGGAUCGCCCUCUGCAUUAGCUCCAUCCAUUGGCUACACAUCUUUCAGCAGCCUCUCACCAUUGGCUCUUUCUCUCUAUCUUUGUGUCUAAGCUCCUACCAGACUGGUCUUUUUAUCAGUCCCAGUCCUCAAGGGCUCUACAGUCAAUUCUUAACCACUAACCCUAACCAGAAACCCUUUACCCCUCACCCCUAUCAUAAACCCACCCUCAACACUAAACCUUUAACCACUAACCCUAACCAGAAACCCUUUACCCCUCACCCCUAUCAUAAACCCACCCUCAACACUAAACCCUUAACCACUAACCCUAACCAGAAACCCUUUACCCCUCACCCCUAUCAUAAACCCACCCUCAACACUAAACCCUUAACCACUAACCCUAACCAGAAACCCUUUACCCCUCACCCCUAUCAUAAACCCACCCUCAACACUAAACCCUUAACCACUAACCCUAACCAGAAACCCUUUACCCCUCACCCCUAUCAUAAACCCACCCUCAACACUAAACACUUAACCACUAACCCUAACCAGAAACCCUUUACCCCUCACCCCUAUCAUAAACCCACCCUCAACACUAAACCCUUAACCACUAACCCUAACCAGAAACCCUUUACCCCUCACCCCUAUCAUAAACCCACCCUCAACACUAAACCCUUAACCACUAACCCUAACCAGAAACCCUUUACCCCUCACCCCUAUCAUAAACCCACCCUCAACACUAAACCCUCACCCUCUUUCUCUCUCCACUGAGCUGCGCAUCUUCAUUUUUUAAACAUUAAAUGGAAUAUUUCAAUAAACAAUAUCUUAAACAUAAAAUACAUCAAUUGUAAUGGUGGACAGAAGUGUAGAUUAAACGGUUGCUAUAAUGCAGUAGCUAUAGGGACAUUUUACAGAAGUUCAAAGUGAAGCUGGUGAGAAAUACAUUGACUGAGUAUUUUCUAUUUUCUGAGGUAAAGGCUUUUGUCUUAAUGAUGCAAUCUUUUUAAUCCAUCUUACUGCCAGUCUCCAGAUAUAAGGGUUUACAUUCAAGACUGUUACUCCACAUCAGGCAGGUCAAUCAGUGUGUGGAAGAGGAAGACGGUCCACAUUAUUUGAUGAAUAUACCCCGAGUUUCCUACUGAGUUUGUUUAAUACACUAUACUUGAUGUGUAACGUAACAAUAAAGUAAAAGUAAUCAUAGUUGUAGUUUGGUUUUAGAAAAUUCAGAUUUAGUCUUGUUCUUGUCAUUUCUCACCACAGAAUUUGCAGCCCCUGAAAAGGUUCCAUCUAGAUUAAAGUACUUAUAUGGAAGCCAAGUGGAGUUUACUCCUAUUUUGCCAAAGGGAACUAUUUCUAAUGGAAACUCCAGUAACAGCUUAGCCAGAAUAUGAGUGUGUUUUCUAACACACUGACAUUUCUUAACACCACCAAAAAGAUCCCUGUGCGGUACCAAAAGCCUUGGUAUUGUUUUACCUAAACAGAACAUUUCUAAUUCCAAAUUUGGAUAAAAACAUUGACAUUUGGUGGAGAUGGGGUGAUGUUUCAAAUUGAAGGAAAAACAUUGCACUGGUUCCCGUGUUUCUAAUGAAAAGGAUGACAUUGCUUAUAUGCUGACGAUGACUCUGCUGUUACAUGAUUAUACAUUAUGACCUUUCUCUGAUCUGAAAAGGUUACUAUGACAUUGAAAUACUAAAAAAGACCUUUCCUCCAACCCUAAUACUCAACUAACCAACUACAAAUGACAAGAAGAGGAGGAGGAGAAAGAAAAAACAUGUGAAGUACAGCCAUACAUUGUGUACUGGUGCAGUGAAGCACAAGGACUUCUCCUGCCCAGCAUGUUGCUAUAGUGUGCAUCUGCACUGUGACUGUGCAGCAUCUCUCUGUGUCCUCUACCCUCCCCACAUGCCAUGUCCAUAUUUUGGAAUGUUAAUCGUUAAUUAAUGUGCUACUUGUUCACACUGUGCAUGAAUGAUAACAUGUCUGUAUAUACUAAGCAGCAUCCCAUUCGUUGAUGUUGACGGAGGUUUGAAUGUUGUAUAGAUUUUGACUUUUUUUUUUUAAUGUACUAUAACCUAAUGUUUUAUUUUAAGUUGAAUGAUGUAUUUGGUAACUUGCACAUUAAAUAAAAAAAGGCAAUAUCUGCUGUUGUUGAAUGAGGGUGAGAACUUAACGAGUUACCUAUCUUAAGGGAGUUGCAUGGGUAUUUGUACAAAAGACAAUGCUUGCUUAUAAUGACAUGGCUGGUUGUAUUAUUUGACAGUGUAAAGGCUAUUUUGUCAUUGAAGAGAUAAUAUGUGUAUAUACUGUACAUUGUUACGAGAGAGAGGUCUGAUACCUCCACAUAUCUUAGUGAAUUCUACAUAUUUAUUUUAAAACCCUCACUAAACUCAAGAAUGACAAAUAUUGCCUUUUUGGAGAAGUAGUUUGCUUAAA